UUUCAAAAAAAAAGUUAGAUCAGAUGAGUGACCAGUAGCUAUAGGAGUAAUAUAACUGGUCCCACCUUCUGUUGCUUUCAGACCGAAACUGAAACUGUAAUCGAUUCUAAGUUUGUCCAUUGUCAUGGUAUGUAAGGCAGUUUAUCACCGGCCUAUUUGGUCUUCAAGGUCAUGUUCGAUCCUGGAUCUUACCGUCCUAACCAUGACCCACCAGCCGGGAUGGAGCCAUAUGAUCUUCCUAGAGAAGGAGAUUUAGGAGCCCUCAGUAAUGCUCAACAGAAAGCGACAAAUAAGCUCAAAGCCCAAACUCGGGUAAAUAAUGAGCAUUACUUACGAAAACAUCCAGAAAUAAAAUACAUGAUAACUGCAUUUCUGAGAGAUAUUUUAACGAAACAGCCUGAAGAUGCUAGAGAACAUUUUGUUGAUUUCUUUACUGAUCCGAAUCUUGAGUCGAAUAUAGAAAAUAUCAAAAAAGAAUAUAUGAAUCAGUAUCAUGAUGACCAAGUCAUACGGUCUUUAGCCCAAGAAGAACCGCAACCAGAAAUCUAAUUUAUGUUUUAUUUAAGUUUGUCUGGGAAAAAAUUGGGUACAUGUAGUCUGUAAAUUGUUAAAAACAUCUAUAACUCUUGUUUAAUUUAUUUCUGCUUUUUGUUCAUAAACAUUUAUCUAUCCUUUCAGUCGUUUAUAAAGAUAUUUGAAUCAUUCG